CAGCGAUCAGAAAGUGCCUGCAGAGAUUGAGCGCUGACGAGAACGUCCGACUUUAACCUGUUGAAAAGUGAAGGUGCAAACUCCAUUAUUUUGAAAGUGUGUCUUUACAAGAGCCAUUCACAAUGUCUGAUGAAGAUCGCAUGAGAUCAGAGAUUACCAGAAUGCAAAUGAGAGGAGACGAGCUGACAGACCAGUCAUUAGAAAGUACUCGUCGCAUGUUGCAGCUUGCAGAAGAGGUAAAAGCUGCCAUCUUGAUCAAGCAACAAAUUUUGUACUGGAUUGAAGACCAACUCACCGACGUCUCUACUGGAUUUUAUAUGUCAUUAGACCGAGUUGAAGAGAACUUGGAUCAAAUCAAUGUUGACAUGCGUGAGGCUGAGAGAAACUUGACAGGACUUGAAAAGUGCUGCGGAUUGUGUGUUUGCCCGUGGAGAAGGCGGAAGAAUUUUGAAAAGGAUGAAAUGUACAGAAAGGCCUUUAAGAGUAGUGAUGAUGGAACUCUCUCCACCCAACCAGGAGCCAGAUAUGCACAAGAUGGAAACAGUGGAGAGGCAGCUAAAAGUGGAUACAUACAAAAGAUUACAGGAGAUGACAGAGAAGAUGAAAUGGAUGAAAAUCUCGGGCAAGUGGCGAACAUAGUUGGUAAUCUGAAGUCAAUGGCGAUGGAUAUGGGUAAUGAGAUUGACACACAGAACAGGCAGUUGGAUCGUAUCAAUGCAAAGGCGGAAGCAAACGAUGUCCGUAUUCAAAAUGCAAACACGCGGGCACGGGAUAUCCUAAGGAACUGUUGAAUGGUAGACUCGAGGAUGUUAUCAUCGUACUCCUAGUCUUUCCCAAGUUAGUAAUGUUAGCACUGAAUAUAGUUUUUUGUCAAACCUGAACACGAUUGAAAUAAUUUUGAGACUUCACAUCUGGGAACAAAAUAAGAAAUUGGUUUCAGAGAAAUUCAUUCACCAUUAUUUUUAGAACAUGUGUAAUUAAAGGCAUUCACCUAUACAAAAAUAUGUCUCUCCCUUUUGACAGACCGCCGAGCAAAAAGUAAUGAUUAAAAAAGCGUUAAAGAUUGUGGCAUUAAAAGACAUUUGUUGAUCAAA